AUGACAGAUGCUCAGAGGCUCAUGGACAGUGAUCUUCCUGGCGGAGCUUUCUCGUUGAAGAAGUUGGGCUGCUACGAUAUGUUUCCUUAUACAUCUCACCUCGAGAGCUUGGGCCUUUUCCUUCGUUGCGAAGGCAAUCACAAAAGACCACCAUCGCUCAGGGUGAAAGAGAAGGCUGGAACAGCAAAAGACCUGGAGCCAGCAUUCAAGCUGCAGUGUCAGUUCAUAAUUGGCAUUGAGCAGGACCAAGAAUUCAAUGUGAAGCAGCGCUUGCUGGGCACACGGGGGCAUCAUGUGAAGAUCAUUGCCGCACGCACGGACUGCAAGCUGCGGCUGCGGGGGCGCGGCUCAGGCUUUAAGGAAGGGCCGCGUCGGCGUGAGUCGAGCGAUCCCAUGAUGCUUUGCAUCAGCAGCAAGGAUCAAAGAAAGCAUGGAGAAGCAGUAGACCUCGUCAAGGGACUUGUGGAAGAUGUCUACAAGCAGUAUCGAUCCUUCCAAGAGCUUCGAGGGCGAAAGGUAGAGGAGUUAAAGGUUCAGAUCAAUGAAGGACCUCGAGCUGGGAGUAGACGCAGACCUACGAAGUAG